AUGAGUCCUCCACUGCUGAAGCUUGGCGCUGUGCUUAGUACCAUGGCAAUGAUCUCAAACUGGAUGUCCCAAACUCUCCCAUCCUUGGUAGGACUGAACACCACGAGGAUGUCGACGCCAGAUACCUUAACCUCCUAUCAUAAUCCCAAAGAAGGGUGGCAAGUGUACAGUUCAGCACAAGACCCUGAUGGACGAUGCAUUUGCACAGUGGUGGCUCCAGAACAAAACCUGUGUUCCAGGGAUGCCAAAAGCAGGCAGCUUCGCCAACUUCUGGAAAAGGUUCAGAACAUGUCCCAGUCUAUUGAAGUCUUAAACUUGAGAACUCAGAGAGAUUUCCAAUAUGUUCUAAAAAUGGAAACCCAAAUGAAAGGGCUGAAGGCCAAGUUUCGGCAGAUUGAAGAUGAUCGGAAGACACUAAUGACCAAGCAUUUUCAAGAGUUGAAAGAGAAGAUGGAUGAACUCCUGCCCUUGAUCCCAGUCCUAGAACAGUACAAAACAGAUGCCAAGUUAAUCACCCAGUUUAAAGAGGAAAUCCGGAAUCUGUCUGCCGUCCUCACUGGGAUUCAAGAGGAAAUCGGUGCCUAUGACUACGAGGAACUGCACCAGAGGGUGCUUAGCCUAGAGACCAGGCUUCGUGACUGCAUGAAAAAGCUGACAUGUGGCAAACUGAUGAAAAUCACAGGCCCAAUUACAGUCAAGACAUCUGGAACCCGAUUUGGUGCUUGGAUGACAGAUCCUUUAGCAUCUGAAAAAAAUAACCGAGUCUGGUACAUGGACAGUUAUACUAACAAUAAAAUUGUUCGUGAGUACAAAUCAAUUGCAGACUUUGUCAGUGGGGCUGAAUCAAGGACAUACAACCUCCCUUUCAAAUGGGCGGGAACUAACCAUGUUGUCUACAACGGCUCACUCUAUUUUAACAAGUAUCAGAGUAACAUCAUCAUCAAAUACAGCUUUGAUAUGGGGAGAGUGCUUGCCCAACGAAGUCUGGAGUAUGCUGGUUUUCACAAUGUUUACCCCUAUACAUGGGGUGGAUUCUCUGAUAUCGACCUAAUGGCUGAUGAAAUUGGGUUGUGGGCUGUGUAUGCAACUAACCAGAAUGCAGGCAAUAUUGUCAUCAGUCAACUUAACCAAGAUACCCUGGAGGUGAUGAAGAGCUGGAGCACUGGCUAUCCUAAAAGAAGUGCAGGGGAAUCUUUUAUGAUUUGUGGGACACUAUAUGUCACCAACUCCCACUUAACUGGAGCCAAGGUGUAUUACUCAUAUUCCACCAAAACCUCUACAUAUGAGUACACGGACAUUCCUUUUCAUAACCAAUACUUUCACAUAUCCAUGCUUGACUACAAUGCAAGAGAUAGAGCUCUUUAUGCCUGGAACAACGGUCACCAGGUCCUGUUCAAUGUCACACUUUUCCACAUCAUUAAGACUGAGGAUGACACAUAA